GGUGUUGUCAGUUGCGAAGGAAACAAUGGAGCGGGACUUGAGGCAAAUGACUUUGGCGAUGGCGGAAACCUUGAUCGGCAAAGGUUUUCCGAUCAGACCUCACCAUACUAGUACUCUGAUUGAGAGUAAGACCGCGGUAGGAGAGGACGAUGAGAAUCCCCGAGAAGAGAGCCGCGAGAAUUCUGGAGAAAAAGGAAAUGAGAAGUCAAGAAUGCAUUUACACUCACUUGACUACGCAAAAGUACAGUUUGAAGAGACAAAAGCGAGUCUGCGAUCUGGCAUCAAGCUUCCAGGAACAAUUGCAGGGCUUGAUUUUGACCACCUUGUUGCAGUUCGAGGUCGAUCCAAGCAAACUUGAUUUGUCCCCUGACCCAAUGUUGCUUCUCAUCAAGGCCGCCGUCAACUGGUCGUGGUGUUGCGGCCAGAAGCUUCUCCCGGCUUGUGGGCGUAGUAACGAGGAAGAGGAGGAAGAGGAAUUGGUUGCUCCCUCCACGCCGAUUCCAACUACAAUUGGAUGCAAACCAGUGCCCGUGAGAUGAUGUAGUGGUGUUGAAUCUUUGAAUCUAGGUUAGCCUAGUACGAGUAUGCUGCAGUUUGUGAUAUUAAUAGCUAGACCAGUUCCACGGAAUACGGGAUUGGCUGGAUGUGUAAAUUUGCUAUGUAGUGUGC